AUGUGCAGCUUGCAGCUCGUGCUUCUGCAGGUGUUCUUCCUGACGUUGCCCGAGAAUGCCCAGCCUCAGCCUUCUUCCUCCGCAUCAGGGGCAGUGCCCACCUCUCCGGACCUGGGGCCCGGGACGCUGGGCGGGACCGUCCAGUCCUCCUCGGAGGGGACUGCAACUCCCCCGGACGUGCUUGGGAUCUCUACUGUGGGCCCUACUCUCGUGACCUCCUCGGCGCCUAGGAAUAGAACCGUGGAACUUUUCCCAGUCUUACCGAUCUGUGUCUGUGACUUGACUCCUGGUACCUGUGAUAUAAAUUGCUGCUGCGACAGGGACUGCUAUCUUCUCCAUCCGAGGACAGUUUUCUCCUUCUGCCUUCCUGGCAGCGUAAGAUCUUCAAGCUGGGUGUGUGUAGACAACUCUCUUAUCUUCAGGAGUAAUUCCCCAUUUCCUUCAAGAGUUUUCAUGGAUUCAAAUGGAAUUAGGCAGUUUUGUGUCCAUGUGAACAACUCAAAAUUAAACUAUUUCCAGAAGCUCCAAAAGGUUAAUGCAACCAACUUCCAGGCCCUGGCUGCAGAGUUUGGAGGCGAAUCAUUCACUUCAGCAUUCCAAACCCAGUCACCAUCAGCUUUUUACAAGGCUGGGGACCCCAUUCUUACUUACUUCCCCCAGUGGUCUGUAAUAAGCUUGUUGAGACAGCCUGCAGGCGUUGGAGCUGGAGGACUCUGUGCUGAGAGCAAUCCUGCAGGUUUCCUAGAGAGUAAACAUACAACCUGCACGCGUUUCUUCAAGAACCUGGCAAGUAGCUGUACCUUGGAUUCAGCCCUCAAUGCUGCCUCUUACUGUGACUUCACAGUCUUGAAGGUUCCAAGAGGUAUGACUGAUCUGCAGAAUAUGGAGUUCCAGGUUCCUGUAACACUUGUCUCGCAGGCUGGUCCUCCCGUGUUGGCUGGAAACACUUGUCAGAAUGUUGUUUCCCAGGUCACCUAUGAGAUAGAGACCAAUGGGACUUUUGGAAUUCAGAAAGUCUCUGUCAGUUUUGAGCAAACCAACCUGACUGUGGAGCCACGCCUUUCCUUACAGCAACACUUCAUCAUUCACUUCAGGGCUUUUCAACAGAGCACAGCUGCUUCUCUUACUGGUCCUAGAAGUGGGAAUCCUGGCUAUAUUGUUGGGAAGCCACUCUUGGCUCUAACUGGUGAUAUAAGUUACUCAAUGACCCUUUUGCAGAGCCAGGGUAAUGGAACUUGCUCUGUUAAGAGACAUGAAGUACAAUUCGGAAUGAAUGCAAUGUCUGGAUGCAAGCUCAGAGUGAAGACAGCAAACUGCAGCCACUUGCAGCAGGAGAUUUAUCAGACUCUCCAUGGAAGGCUGAGACCAGAGCAUAUUGCCAUCUUUGGUAAUGCUUACCCAGCCCAGAAAGGAGGGUGGACCAAGAUCCUCCACAGGAGCUGCAGUGUUUCAGCUAAGAACUGUACUUCCUGCUGUUUCAUACCAGUUUCCUUGGAGAUUCAGGUAUUAUGGGCAUUUAUAGGCCUCCAGUCCAACCCACAAGCUCAUGUGUCAGCAGCCCGAUUCCUAUACCAAUGCCAGUCUGUAGAGGAUUCCCAAGAAGUACCUUUGACAACUCUUGUGAACUUUGUGGACAUUACCCGGAAGCCAGAGCCUCCAAGGGGCCAACCCAGGAUGGACUGGAAAUUGCCAUUCGACUUCUUCUUUCCCUUCAAAGUGGCAUUCAGCAGAGGAAUAGACUCUCAAAAAGGCUCAGUCCCUCCCAUCCUUAUCCUGUGCCUCUUACUACUUGGAGUUCUCAGUCUAGAGACUAAGUGAAGAAAAGACAAUAAUCACAUUGCAGUUUUCCCUAUGGGAACCUCUGAGGCAGCCUACUUAUCUUGGCUAAACAGAUCCUCACCUGCUUAUGACCAGAGGAAAGCAUUUAGGAUAAUAGAAGACCCAAUUGAAGGAAUCUUUGUAUAUGAAAGAAGGUACUUUAGAAAAGCAAUAAAAAUAUUUUAUUCAUC